CCCAACCAACACACUGCUUGCUCCCCGGAUGGCGGACUUCACCGGAGACCCCUACCUCGUUCUGCUCAACGAUCUCCGCCUGAUUCCCAUCUCCCACUACCUAUUGGCCUCGCUCGCAAUCUCCCUGGCCUUCUUGUACUGCUUCCUGGAGUUCCAUUUCCUCCAUGACCUCCUCACCGGCUUCCGAGGCUGCCCCGUCGCCUUGACCUACAACUCCUCCAGCCGUAUCUACCACGACGUCGUUUCCAAGUGCCGGAUUCUCCACUCCAGGUACCUGCCCACGCCCUGGCUAUCCGGCCCUCACUUCCAGACCGUCUUCCUCAGUAUCUUCGGCCGCGCUCCGGCCUUCAACUACCGAAGAGAGCUUUUUCAUCUCUCUGAUGGUGGAACUAUCGCCUUGGAUUGGUUAUUGAACUCUGAUGUUCUUGGAAGUAACAUUGACACAACUAUUGCUUCUCUGAAAGAUGAUAUAACCCCGAUUGUGCUAGCCAUUCCUGGAUUGACAAGUGACUCUGAAUCUCCUUAUAUAAAGCAUCUUGCUUUCAACACGGCAAAAAAGGGAUGGCACAUUGUUGUUACUAACCACAGAGGCUUAGGCGGUGUUUCAAUUACUUCCGAUUGCUUUUAUAAUGCUGGUUGGACAGAGGAUCUGCGAGCUGUCAUUCAUCAUCUACAUCAUGAAUACCCCAAUUCUCCUUUAUUUGUUGUUGGAACAAGUAUUGGAGCCAACAUUUUGGUAAAAUAUCUUGGGGAGGAUGGAGACAGUGUUCCAGUUGCUGGGGCUGUAGCAAUAUGUUCUCCAUGGGACCUUCUGAUUGGUGAUAGAUUUAUAACCCGUAGGCUGUUGCAAAAGGUUUAUGACAGAGCUCUUGCAAUUGGCCUUCAAGGCUAUGCACAAUUACACCAGCCUAUUUAUUCUCGCCUCGCUAAUUGGGAAGGUAUAAAAAAGUCCCGUUCUAUUCGUGAUUUUGAUCAUCAUGCUACUCGCCUUGUUGGAAAAUUUGAGACUGUGGAUACAUACUACAGGCGUUGUAGCAGUGCUAGUUAUGUAGGAAAUGUGUCAGUGCCGUUACUCUGUAUCAGUGCUUUGGAUGAUCCAGUUUGUACUAGGGAAGCCAUUCCUUGGGAUGAAUGCAGGGCAAACACAAAUAUUGUACUGGCUACCACAAACCAUGGAGGACACUUGUCUUUCUUUGAAGGAUUAACUGCUGCUGGCAUCUGGUGGGUAAGAGCUGUAGAUGAAUUUUUAAAAGUUCUAUAUAGUAGCCAACAUAUGCAUGUAAAGAAGGUGGCAAGUCCUCACCCACCUUUGAUAGGAGACUCCUCAAUAGAUCAGGGUCCCUAUGUAAACAUUGCAGAAGAUGGAAUGGUAGCUGCAGUGGGAAAUGAACAGGUAGAAGAGAAUAUGGUAGAAGAUGUACUUGAAGUUGGAGAUAUUAAACAUUCAGUUGAGCGAGAUCAACAGAGGUCACAACCAGAGUUGGAUCCUUUGGGUGGCAUUGUAGAAUCUUCUGAGCAAGCUAUUAAGUCUCUUGAUGUAACUCUUCCUGUUAGAAGAUGCUUAGGUCUGCUAUGUCGACGGAGUAGGUGGUCUUUAUGGUUGCUUGUUUACAUUGGCAUUGUGACAAGUUGGCCAGUGGUUGGUUCUGUCCUCAAGAUAGCAUUACAAAAGAAGCGCAGAGGAUAAGAACAUGUUUACAUUACUCUUGUAUGCUAAGUGUAGUUUCCCAACAUGUAGGUAAAUAUACAAUACAACUGAAUACACAACCAGCAUGGCAUGUGUAUUAUGUUAAACUUAUAAUUAAGUUGCAGACCCCAAUGUAAUCGUUAUGGUGAGAAUAAAGUACCAUUCUAGUUAUUAAAUAGGGUCUGUAGAACCAAAAAAAAAGAAGCAAUCCUAGCAUGAAUGAAUCUGCAAUUUAAAU